AUGGCCGAAAAAUCAUUUCGUCCACUUUCCUCACCACAAAAAGUGCCGUCGUACAACCACAAUGCAAAAGCCGUCAGGAAAAACAUCAAGAACAACAUAAUGCGCGAUAAUUUUACCAUGAGCACAUGGCUUCUGGUCGGCGGGUUGUUGCAGGGUGUGGCCGUCGCCCUGCUAGGCUAUCUUAACCUCCUGCCAGCCACAGUGGUCAUUGCUUAUCGGAUCGGUGACAACCUUCUCAUGGCCUUCGGCUGGACGAAGAACCGCUACCUCUCAGAUGAACGAAAUCCAGUCACCCCCUUUGGAGUUUUCGAUCCGGUAUAUCUCAAAUUAGCCAAAUACUUCUUUAGAAUGGUAAGGGAGCUCAAAGAGACCGCUGAGCAUUCGGGGUACCUGGGUUCAGCGACCUGGACCAGUGCCGAAGACUCAGCGGCAAAUGAGGUUAUGACUGUGAUGUAUUUCCGGGAUUUCGAGUCCCUGCACAAAUACGCUCACGGGCCGUUCCACAUUCAAGCAGUGAAAUAUUGGUCAAGCGUUGUGAAGGACUGCCCCCAUGUCUCCAUAUAUCACGAGACAUAUGUCGUACCACCGGGACAAUGGGAGAAUAUCUAUGGAAAUAGCCGGCCGACGGGGUUAAGCGCGGCGUCUUUCCCGAUCCGCACGGCUCAAAGGAAUGGAGAGACAGAAUGGAUGAGCCCGGUCAUUGACGCGCGGAAGGGCUCUCUCCGCGGUAUGGCAGGGAGAAUACAGUCAGAUUACUUGAAAGGUUAUGAGGAAAAGCAGGGCGAGGUCUGGGACCAAACAUAUGAUGUUGAUUAUAGAGAGCUCGCACGUUAG